UUGCUAUCCAAACACGUCGACAUGGAGAAGAUAAACAGAAAAGUAGCUCAGCCGCUUUUGACGUUGUUUACAUCUGCAUUUGGCGUUUAAAUGUGCGUGGAACACCGCUUCUCAUGCAAUAUUUACUAAAUUAACGUGUAUAUCAUUGAAGCUACCUUCCUCUGGAAAAGCCUAAUGGUCUUGACAACAUGGACAGUGGCCUGAGUCCCCAGGAUAAAAAAGACUUGGACAAGUUCAUUAAGUUCUUCGCCUUGAAGACAGUCCAGGUGAUUGUCCAAGCUCGUCUUGGAGAGAAGAUCUGCACUCGCUCGUCUUCAUCGCCUACUGGUUCUGAUUGGUUUAAUUUGGCCAUCAAAGACAUCCCAGAGGUGACUCAUGAAGCCAAGAAAGCUUUGGCCGGCCAACUUCCCGGCAUCGGGCGCUCCAUGUGUGUCGAGAUCUCCCUCAAGACGUCAGAGGGUGACUCAAUGGAGUUGGAGACUUGGUGCCUGGAAAUGAAUGAAAAGUGCGAUAAAGACAUCAAGGUGUCCUAUACAGUCUACAACCGUCUGUCUGUCCUGCUCAAGUCUCUGCUGGCCAUCACCAGAGUAACGCCUGCCUACAAGCUAUCCAGAAAGCAGGGUCACGACUACGUCAUAUUAUACCGGAUUUACUUCGGGGAAGUCCAGCUGAGUGGAUUAGGAGAAGGUUUUCAGACCGUGCGCGCCGGCGUGGUCGGCACCCCGGUCGGCACGGUCACGCUUUCAUGCGCCUACCGCACCAACCUGGCCUUCAUGUCCAACAGGUCACUGACACGCUACAUGCAGUUUGAGCGCUCGGCUCCGAUCAUGGGGAUCAUCGUGGAUCACUUUGUGGAUCCUCCCGGCAGCGGCCCGCGCACCGCCAACAUGGGACAUCCCUGCAACUACAGAGCCCCGGAUGAUGACGACGGAGGACCAUACGCGGGGGUUCAGGAUUCACAGGAGGUCUGCACCACCUCCUUCUCCACCUCCCCCCCCUCACAGUGUGUGUGCACGCUGAGUCCUUCGCCCUCUAAACUGUCUAAGCCCCUCCCGCUGGACAGUCUGCCGCUUCCUCUGGCUCCGGGACUUGUCACUCACACUCUUUACGCCUCCAGAUUAUCGUAUCAUCCUCAAGCAGGAGCUGCUGAGCUCGGUCACCCUGCUGCAAACCAGGGGCUGCAUGCUGGGAAGGAGCACGGAGGGGUCGCGUCGAACCCCGCCCAACCCGCUCACGGCGCCGACGCGCAUCUGGCGGCGGAGAACGUCGCCAACACGCCGGGCGAGAACGGCGGCCGCAGGCGGGACGAGCAGCCCUCCCCCUCCGACCCGUUGGAGUCUCUGAACGCCUUCACCAGGAAGAUCGGAGCCUUCGUCAAUAAACCCAACGCGCCGAUACAAACAGCAGCCGGUCUGGACCUGCCAUUUGCUGCGUUCGCUCCUCGAGGCCUGGACUCGGAGGACAGUGAUCCCAUGGUGCAGCCUCCAGACUCCCCCACUUGCCCCUCACCCCUGCAGGCCAGCCUCCAUUCUCAAGACUCCGAGGGAUCGGGACCGCAGGACGACUUUGUCAUGGUCGACUUUCGUCCGGCCUUCUCUAAAGACGACCUGCUGCCGAUGGAUCUGGGCACCUUCUACAGAGAGUUUCAAAACCCCCCCCAGCUAGCCAGCCUCUCGCUGCACAUCAGCUCCCAGUCCAUGGCCGACGACCUGGACUCACUGCCAGAGAAACUUGCUGUCUAUGAGAAAAAUAUCGACGAGUUUGACGCUUUUGUGGACAUGCUCCAAUAGAGGGACGACGUCGAAGAAGAGACUGGAUGGAUGAAAAUUAACCAGGAAAGACGAAGGAAGGGAGAAGCAGACAGUCGGUCCUGUGAGGCUAAACUCCCCCUAUUUCAAUGUGAAUUGUCCGCUCUGUAAAUACCAUAUUCUCUGCUCUGGUAGUUAAUUUAAAUCCGAACGUGAUGCUUUAAUCGGGAUUAUAAUGGAUCCUCAGAGCGCCUGGACUACCUGCACACGUGAUACCAUUUGUUUAACUAGCUCACUAUAAUUGGCCCACCAAACACGACACGCCUCUGAAAAGUCCCCCUCUCACCUGAAAUGUAUCAGAAGCGCCCCCCCCUCACCCACCCCAGCUGGUCUCGGGAUUCAGACAGCCAACUUUAGUGGUCAUAAUGGACAUAAGUGAAAUAGAUUAUUGCUGUAGACGUGGAAAAACCCCAAUUCAUGUACUGGGUCACAGAGCUUAUUAAACGAAUACAUGUAAAACUGAGAAACACUUGCGGCUCACAAUUGACAGUUGGGUUGAAAGGGUUACUUUAAACUUCUUUGCUGUUCUACAUGUCCUAAUAAAGCAUGGCUGCUCUAUUCAAA